AAUCCCACCAUGGAGGUCAAGAUAGACCAGCACUUCAACACCAAGGUCUAUACCUCCGGGUCCACCAUCGCCGGCCAUGUUGCAGUCCGUCCCCUGAAGGACACUGCAUUCAGCAGCUUGGACAUUGUCUUUGUCGGUAUCUCUGCCACUCGCCUCGAUUUUGUCCAGCAGUACCCUUCACACUCCUUCAGGCCGUUCUUGAAAAUUCGCAUGCCCAUCCAGGAGUCGGACUUGCCCGGAGACCGGGUAUUUCGAGCCGGAUGCGAGUACAAGAUACCCUUUCACUUUGUCGUCCCACAUCAGCUCACCAUUGGGGCCUGCAAUCACGCCUGCUUGUCACAAAACGUCCGCGAGAGACACUUGCGACUACCCCCUAGCCUGGGUGCGUGGGCGGCUGAUGAUCAAGCUCCAGAUAUGACGCAGAUCGAGUACGCAAUCAACGCCAAGGCCAUCCAACAUGGAAACGGAGCUGUCACAAAGGUGAUGGAGGCCCACCACAUCCUCAAGGUGCUUCCGGCGCUUCCUGAGGAUGCGCCGCUCGAUAUUACCUUUCGAGACGAGUGGUAUAAGCUGUCCAAGACCAAGACUAUCCGAAAGAGCUUGUUCUCGAGCAAGACGGGCCAGUUCACUGCAAGCGCUAUUCAGCCCAGUGCCGUCAUGCUCUCAGCCGAUGGCCACAAAUCCUCCAUGACGAAGGUCCGUAUCAACUUGGAGUAUGCUCCGUCGUCCGCCGAGACGGCUCCUCCCAAAAUUAACUCGGUCACGGGCAAACUCGUCUCGACCACAUUCUUCAGCGCUGUACCGGUGGACCAUCUGCCGAACUUGGGCAGCCGGACAAACUGCGAGAGUACCCCAUGCUUGAACUAUACGACGACCCAUUCGCUAUUCACUCUGCCAGUGGAAUCAGUGUCAUGGAUGCAGCAGGAAGCGUCAUCACGUUCUCGGCGAGAUUCUGGCUACUCCAGCACUGUGGUGGAUGGAGACGCCUCAGAGUCGGAUUCGUCUGCGAGGCGAAGGCGCCAAAGCAGCAGAGGAAAAAGCACCAAGAAGCCCAAGCUCUCAACGAUCAAACACACCACCGAUAUCGAGAUUCCGUUCACCGUGACCAACACCAACAAGAAGCUCUUUCUCCCAAGCUUCCACUCUUGUUUGAUCUCUCGAUCUUAUACACUACAGUUGAGUCUGUCUGUCGGACCGACAAACACCGCCAUCUCGCUGGCCGUGCCUCUGCAGAUUGGCGUCGAGACAGUUUACGAGCCCCAGGGCCACGAGCUCCCUAGCUUCGAGAGCGCGCUGGCUCAGGCCGAGGAAGAAGAGGCGGACGCCUACUUGCAGCCUCGUGUGAUCCAUAUUCCGGAUUCCAGGCCGCAGGAUCAUAAUAUGUUGCCGGGAUACAAUGAGUUGAGCCGGAGAACCAUUGGCGUGGCUUAAUCGCACGCUGUUGGUAUUUAACUGUCUUUCCUUUUUUUUCCCCUUCCUUUCUUUCUUUUGUUUCUCGCGAUUUCUGCUGUGGUAAUCUUGUUAGCAUGGAGUUUGGGAGAUGGGCCAUCUAUCAAAGAAUGUUUCAGCCAUUGAAUGAGUUUUAGUUCGGUUCAGUCCAGCCCACGGCAAUGGCUUGCCUCC